CGCUGACUCGGCUCCUUGGAUUAAGCAGGGGCUUAGCGUUUAUGGACCUCCCUGGCCUCUGGCUGGGCCGGGAGCAGGCAGCGGAAGCGGAUCUGCAUGGGCGGCAGAGGCCUCAGCCAGGCCAGCCAGGCUGCAGGGAUUUGGGGCAGGAGGCGCCCGGCCAGAGCUCUGGAGCCAGCGUGGAGGGCGAGGGCCCUGGCAGCGAGACCACCACGUCCCUGGACAGCCCCUCAGCCUACCACCAGGGUCCCUUGGUGUCCGCCUCCAGCCUGAGCCCCGACCACUACGAGCACACAUCCCUGGGUGCCUAUGGGCUGUACUCGGGGCCUCCGGGGCAGCAGCGUGCACGGAGGCCCAAACUGCAGCACUCAACCUCCAUCCUGCGCAAGCAGGCGGAGGAGGACGCUAUCAAGCGCUCACGCUCGCUCUCCGAGAGCUAUGAGCUCUCCUCGGACCUGCAAGACAAGCAGGUGGAGAUGCUAGAACGCAAGUAUGGGGGGCGCCUCGUGACCCGCCAUGCGGCGCGCACUAUCCAGACGGCCUUCCGCCAGUACCAGAUGAACAAGAACUUCGAGCGCCUGCGCAGCUCCAUGUCGGAGAACCGCAUGUCUCGCCGGAUUGUGCUGUCCAACAUGAGGAUGCAGUUCUCCUUCGAGGGGCCCGAGAAGGUGCACAGCUCCUACUUCGAGGGCAAGCAGGUCUCAGUGACCAACGACGGCUCCCAGCUGGGCAGCCUGGUGCCCUCCGAAUGCGGGGAUUUGGGCGAGCCGGCCACCCUCAAGUCCCCGGCCGCCUCGAGCGACUUUGCGGAUGCCAUCACGGAGCUAGAGGACGCCUUCUCCCGGCAGGUGAAGUCGCUGGCCGAGUCCAUCGACGAUGCCCUUAACUGCCGCAGCCUGCACACGGAGGAGGUGCCGGCCCCGGACAUCGCACGGACCCAGGAUGCUGAGCCCAAGCCGGCCCUGCAUAGCAUGGACCACCGCAAGCUGGACGAGAUGACGGCCUCCUACAGCGACGUCACCCUGUACAUCGACGAGGAGGAGCUCUCACCCCCUCUGCCCCUCGCGCAGGUCGGGGACCGGCCAUCCAGCACGGAGUCGGACCUGAGGCUGCGGGCUGGGGUCGCCGCUCAGGACUACUGGGCCCUGGCCCACAAGGACAACAAGGCCGACUCGGACACCAGCUGCCGCAGCACGCCAUCCCUGGACUCGCGGGACAGCCUGCGGGAGCAGACGCUCAGCAAGCAGACCUACCACAAGGAGGCCCGCAGCAGCUGGGACUCGCCAGCCUUCAGCAACGACGUCAUCCGCAAGCGGCACUACCGCAUCGGCCUCAACCUCUUCAACAAGAAGCCUGAGAAGGGUGUGCAGUACCUCAUUGAGCGUGGCUUCGUCCCUGACACGCCGGUGGGUGUGGCCCACUUUCUGCUGCAGCGCAAGGGCCUGAGCCGCCAGAUGAUAGGCGAGUUCCUGGGCAACCGGCAGAAGCAAUUCAACCGCGAUGUGCUCGACUGCGUGGUGGACGAGAUGGACUUCUCUGCCAUGGAGCUGGAUGAGGCCCUCAGGAAGUUCCAGGCCCACAUCCGGGUCCAGGGUGAGGCCCAGAAGGUGGAGCGACUCAUAGAGGCAUUCAGCCAGCGGUACUGCAUCUGCAACCCCGGGGUGGUGCGGCAGUUCCGGAACCCAGACACCAUCUUCAUCCUGGCCUUUGCCAUCAUCCUGCUCAACACAGACAUGUACAGCCCCAACGUCAAGCCCGAGCGGAAGAUGAAGCUGGAGGACUUCGUCAAGAACCUCCGAGGUGAGCCCCAGUCUGCAGGGACCAAAGGUUCAGAGGUGGAGCUGCACCUGGGAUCCACACACGGUCCCCAGGGCAUGCACAGGGCCGGACACAAUGCAGGGACCAGGAAGCCUGAGAAGGGUGUGCAGUACCUCAUUGAGCGUGGCUUCGUCCCUGACACGCCGGUGGGUGUGGCCCACUUUCUGCUGCAGCGCAAGGGCCUGAGCCGCCAGAUGAUAGGCGAGUUCCUGGGCAACUGGCAGAAGCAAUUCAACCGCGAUGUGCUCGAAUCAAGGGCGGCUUCUAGGGACGUGGGCCAAGGUCCCUCUGGAAAUGGCAUUGUGCUGUGUGAAAAGGAGCAGAGCUGGUAG